GAUGUUUCUAGUGUGACGUUUAAUCUAGUGGACGGAACGCUUCUUCAACAACUGCAGCCACCUCGGUAGCUCGCUAGCCAACAAAGUCGGAACAUUCAAGUUCUUUAGACAAUUUCGUGGUUUAUUUGCCACUAUGAUUUAAACAUACUCAUGUGGAAACAACUAGCUACCCCAUUGAAUUGCAUAUAUACGUUGUAAGUCAACUAGCUGGCUGGUUAAGUUAGCACUAGUCUAGUCGCUAAUGCUAACUAGCUUUUAUCUCCGACCAUGAGUUCACUAAGCUCCUCUCCUGAUAAAGAAGCUCUCGUCAAAGAGGAGGAAGAAGAAGAGGCUGUUACAAUACACAAACAAGUAGAGGGUGAGGCUGUUACCGUGAAAGAAGAAGAGAAAGACGUUUCAGUGAAAGAAGAGGAAGACGCGUUCAGAGUGAAAGAGGAGGAUGUUACAGUAAAAGAAGAGGAGGAUGCAGUUUUUGGAGUGGAGGAGGUUACUGUCACAGUGAAAGAAGAUGAAGACGUUUUUUUAAUGAAAGAUGAAGAGGGGGAGAUUACUGUCACAUUAGAGGAGGACGAAGAAGAGAAGACUGGAGAUCUGAUUAACACCAGUAAAUACAGAGAGAGACCAGACUCUCACUCUGACAGCAGAAAGAGUCCUUCACAGGAACCAGACACGGAGAUGCCCAAACCAGCGAGACGACACCACUGCUCCUACUGUGGAAAUAGUUUUACCCGAUUACUACACCUGAAAGCACAUGAGAGAAUACAUACAGGAGAAAAGCCCUUCCACUGUUCCCAGUGUAAAAAGAGUUUUAGGUGGUUAACGAGUCUGAAAAAGCAUGAGAAGGGACACACACAAGAAAAGCUCUACCAAUGCUCCUUGUGUGGAAAGAGUUUUACCAAGUUAGGGGGUCUGACAAGGCAUGAGAGGACACACACAGGAGGGGAUAAGACGUAUCACUGCUCCCAGUGUGGCAAGAGAUUUAACCGGUUAAGGCAUCUGAAUAAGCAUGAAAGAAUACAUACACAGGAGGAGAAGACAUACCACUGCUCUCAUUGUGGAAAGACAUUUUCGCAGUCAGAGGACCUGGAAUCACAUGAGAGAAUAGAGAGACUGUGUUCUGACUUGUGUUUUUGACUGAUAAUUAGUGUUUUUGUUUGUCACAUUAAAUCAUAUUGUUUAAAUUAAAUCAGACAUGACAAUCUGACCAAAACAACAGGCCUGUUUCUGUUGUUUAUUCAUCUUGAUCUAAAAUCACAUUAAAUAUUUUAACAUGU